CUCAUCCAUCAUAGGUUGAGGUAGAAAAGAGGAGGGGAAAAAAAAAACUAAAGAAAAAAUGGCAAGGUGGUUUGUGAUGCUGUUUGUUCUUGCUCUUGUUGUGGCUCAGACAGGGGCUGCUAGAGAUAUUCCCAAUGACAAGGGUGGUCUUGCUGAUCAGAAGAACUUCUUCAACUACGGAGGAGUUGGUGGGUUCAACGGCAUUGGCAGUAACGGGCUGCCUUUUGGAGGUGUCGGUGGUGGAGUAGGUGGUGGCGGUCUUGGUGGAACGGGAGGAGGUCUGGGCGGGAUUAUUGGGACAGGGGGGUUGGGUGGCUUGGGUGGCUUGGGUGGUAGUGGUGGAGGAGUUGUACCUGUGGGUGGUGUUGUUGGAGGUGUUAUACCCGGUGGCGGGUCUGGUAAUCUUCCCUCGCCCUGAGCCUGAGGCCACAGUUGGAUGAGAUCCUGCCCUGGCGCUUAGCUUCUUCUCAAGGUUGUUUAGUUUUCUUCCAGUCUGGUGUGAUCAUGGCCAUGGCCAUUAUAUUGUGCCACAGUUAGUUGUGUUGUGUUUGGAGCGCUGUUCGUUUGCUGGUUUUUAGUUUUUGCUCUUUUGUCAAAAUUAGAGCCAAGUCUUUUAAAUUAUGAUGAUGUCGUUGGUGUGCUGUGCUGUACUCCAGUGCUAUUUAAUUAAAUAAUUAAUUACUUGUAAUCAAACAUUCCCAUUUCUUCUGUUAUGCUUAUGAAAUAUUAUUGUUUCA